AUGUCAGACAACCUCUCAGCUCGCUGGAACAAAAUUCUACACAUGACGAACAAGGAUACAACCGACGAGGUGGUCAUCGCUCGCUCCAACUUUGAUGAUUUCUCGCAGCCGACGCCGUGGCGAACCUACGAGCUUGUCGCCGGUGAACGGACCUUCUACGUGAACGCCGGCUGGCUUGCCGAACUCUCGCCCUAUUUUGCCGAGAUCAUUUUCGUGCGAAAACCGCCGCAGCGCAAGUUCAUUUUCGACGAGGCCACACCAACCGAGGUGCUCGAGUUCCUCAGAUGCAUCACGUUUUGUCCGAUGCGAAAGCCAUUGUCAGUUAAAAACGUUUCGCUGGUUUUGCGAUUCGCGAACCGGUUCGACAUGAAGCCGGUGCAAGCGCGUUGCGAGCAAUUCAUCGCGCUCAACGCCAACACGAUUUGCCGCGAUAAAAAUAAGCUUUUCCAGGUGACGUGCGCGAUGUCGCAAUGCGAUCCGAACAGCUCGACGAUGUCGGUUCUCGUCGACAAACUCGCCGGCAUCAAAGCCGAAGAUUUGUCGCGUCUCGCGUUCAGCGAGAUGCCCGGCGACGUUGUCGCCGAGGUGUUCGAACAGCGAAUGCAGAAGAGCAAGGCGAAGCGUCGUCAGGCCGCCGAGCAAGGCUGCUGUGUCAUGCAAUGGUUCUCAUCGGUGUUCCGACGACGUCGAACCGCCGCCGAUGAAGACGACUGCGCCGCCGUCGUCCCAUUCGAUCAGCAGACGACGAUUCCGCAUAACUAA